AUGAUAGAGCUGUUGAGGAAUACUUAAAAGCAAUUUCGUUUGAUCCAUAAUCAUGUAUAUCGUAUAAAAAUAGAGGUGAAUAUUCUAACUAUUGAAUAGCUAUUGCCUAUCAUCAUUUAAAGAAUUAUGAUGAGGCUAUAAAAGGUUUCUCAUAUGUAAUUUAGAUUAACUCAAAUUAUGCAAUAGCAUAUUUCAAUAGAGGUAAUAGUAUAUAUAAUAGAAUUAGGAAAUACUUAUUUAGAAUCAGAUCUAAUUGAUGAAGCUAUAUAGGAUUUAAAUAAGGCAAUUAAGAUUUACCCAAAAUAAACUAUUCCAAAAAAUCUACUCUAUUCAUUAUAUUAUUGUUUAGAAAAAAUUGCUUAGACCAAUAAUAUAUACUCUGAGGUACUAGGAUAUUUCUCGAAGGCCAUUGAACAAAAUCCAUAACAUGGCAAGGCUUAUAACAACAAAGUUAAAAAUCGAUGUCUUAUCAACAGGAUUUGUUUAAUAACACUUGAAAUAGUAUGAAGAUGCUAUAAAAAAUUUCUCAGAUGCGAUUAAGAUAGACCCAAAAUUAGCCGCAGUCUAUAACAAAAGAGGUAAAUAUUAUGGUUUUAUAGUUAGGAAAUGUUUAUAAUCUUUUAAAGAAAUAUCCUGAAGCUAUUCAGGAUUACUCAAGUGCAAUAGAGAUUGAUCCAUAAUAUGCAAAGGCAUAUUAUAAUAGAGGUAUCUAUUCACAAAAAAUAAUUAGGAAAUGCUUAUAUUAAAUUAGAUAGAAUUGAUGAUUGUAAUAAGGAUUAUGAACUAGCAAAUAAAAUUGACCCAGAAAAUAAGAAUAAUAAAUGUAAAUAUUAAGAAUUAAUAAAUAGGGAAUCUUUCAUAAAAUUUGAGCGUAUUUGAUAUGCCAAAACAAUUCGAUUGUGAAUUUUAUUAUUAUUAAUAGAAAAAUAAAUUUAGAAAGAUAUAAAUGCAAUGGGGAUAGACACUUAAAUAACAGUAGCCUAUUAAUUAAAAGGUGAAUAUUAAUAACUUAUCAUAAGUUAUUAAUAUAUUUUAUGUUGAAAUAUUAUGA